AUGUUACUCGAAGAACUCAUUGAAAAGGCGAAGGAACAAUUAUGCGAAAAAUGGAAAAGUAUCAUUGAUGAUUCUUGGUUUAAUGUCAAAAAACUUGAACUAACUCAUUGGCAAUAUGAUGAGUAUCCAAAUUAUUUAAAGAAAAAUUAUUCAACAACCGAUGAACAAUUUAAUUUUUUAAAAUCACUGCUUGAUAAAUGUGGUCGUUAUUUAACAGAAUUAGAUUUGACAGCAUAUGGUCAUUGUAUCAUAGUUCCAGUUAUCAAUGAAUCUUGUCCAAAUCUCGUGAAACUUCGAAUAAGAAUUGAAAUUAUUGAUGAUGCAAUAUUAGAUAAUGCAUUUACAGGUCUUUCUAAACUAAAAGUAUUGAAAAUUAUAUUUCAAUGUUUUAUAGUUCGUCAUACAUAUGUACCUGUUACUUUAAUCAAUUCAUUGUUGAACGUCGCUGAUACAUUGACUGAACUGAGUUUGUCGAAUUGGACUGGAUGCAUGCUGGAUAGUACUAAUUUCCCAGAAGAAUUCACUAGUGUGGUUUCUAAACUAAAAGCCUUGGAAAGAAUUCAAAUUGGUGGUAUAAACUGUUCCAAAAAAUUAGUCAGUUAUUUCUCUUUGAGAAGUCCUGGAGUGAUAGCCCAUUAUGAAGAGUGUACAUAUCAGGAAAAUAAAAUUUAUGUAAUACAAAAGUAUGAAGAUAUCAAGAAAUUCCAUAUUAGAAAAUACACAGUUGUUGAUGAUUUUUUAUAUAACGUUGCCAAUCAAAUGAGGCAAUUGAACACACUACAAAUUUAUUGUGAACGAGUAACCGAUGCUGGUAUGGUAGCAAUUUCAAAGAUAAAUUCUUUAAGAACUUUUGAGUGUUACGGGUAUACUAACGUUACUGAUUCUUCAAUUAAAUUGCUAAAAAAUAUGUUGUUUUUGAUCUUACCAUUCAGCAACAAAAUUACAAAUGAAUCAGCCAUUAAAGUUCUUGAAAAUUCACCAGAUAUGUACUAUUUUAGCGUUAAAAACACAAGUGUAACUUCUGAAUUUAUAAAAAAAGCAGAAGAAAUAUCAAGAAAACGUAAAAAAAAAUUGAGAGUAGUCAUACCAUGUGAAAAUGGUAUGUCUGAAACACAACUUAAAUAUGAUUAUUUAACAAUUGACUAUGUUAAAAAAGAGAAACAAUUACUUCAAUAA